AGUAGUCGCCCGUCUCGCUCUUGGAUUGGUGCAUUUGUGUCAUCGCUUAGAAAAAGUAACAUGGCGGCGGCCUUGCGAGCCGCGAAGCGGUUUUUGCAGGUUUCGAGCAAGGUGACGCCAACAUUGUCUCGUUCAGCAUUCCAAGCAGAAAGAAAAGAUUCAAAUAAUCCUAACUGGAUAGCAGUUGGCCUCAGUCUUUCUUCAACAGUCCUAUUAUGGGUUAUGCUCAUCAGGCAUCAUAAUUAUGAACUGGCAGAAUAUGAAAGGAGAAAAACAGAGCAAGGUUCUUAAUGCCAAUGCAAUUGCUAUGGUUGAAGAUAUCUUAUAGCUGAUGCAUAUUCUGCAGUGAAAUUAUCAAAGCUGGAUCUAUUCCUAAUUAAUGCUAAUCUUCAUGAAAUAAAACACUGACUAGUAUGGAAAGUGACUAAAA